AUGGAUAAUUAGAGUAAUUUUCAAACUGUGAAUUAAUAUAAAACUUCAUCUUCUAAGUGUUUUAUUAAUCAAUAAGUAAACUAAAUUGAUAAACCUCCAAAAGAAUCUGAUCUUGUUCUUUAUUAAGCAGCCAAAGAAAAAUGCGCCAAUAAAUAAAAUGAAAGAUAAUAAACUCCCCUUUUUUAAGUCACUAGUUUAAUUACUAAUGCACCUCCUCUUCAUAAACCAACUGUAAAAACAACUUAAUACAGCAAUUAAGCUACAAAUAUUUUUGAUGUAUUCAAAAUUCUUUUACUAAAAUUUAGUUCUCAGGAAAUAGAAAAGAAUAAGUUUUUAAACCUCAUUGUAUUAAAAUUGCUGAACCUGGUAAUAAUUCAGAUUCUGUUUACAGAUAAUAAUUAAAGACUUCAGAUCUUCCAUCUAGAGAUAAUUUAUCUAGAAAUCCAAUCACAACUGGAGAUUCAAAAAGUGAAUAUUUAAGAACUACAAAAACUCCACUACCAAAAGAUUAAUUUAGUUUUAAUUGA